GCCUCCAAGCUGCCCGAAGCUGCCACGUGCGACCUGACCACAGAAAACGCGCUAAACGUACCCAACACGCGCGUGACUGAGAUUGAACCAUCGAACUAAAAUCGACGAGAACGAUACAGGAACGAUGUUUUGAGAAUUUUGAGCCGGCAGAGCCGUACGUUUAUCCAAAGUCGAGAACAAAGAAAGUUGCUUUCAUUAAUGAAUUAUUCCCAUGGGAGGAUAAUACAUCACUAAGCUGUUACCAUAGCAACAGAAUCACGAAGACUGUUGAUACAUGCGUAAAUGCGAGUGUCACUUGUUUCACCUGAAACUGUUUAUUGUGUAAGCAAUAUACAGUGGUGAAAUUGGAAGACUACUUUGGUUGAGACGUAACGAUUGCCUGCGAUGGCUGAUGACGAUGUAGUGGUAGCUAAGAAAAAAAGAACCCUACUUGAGAAAUAUGAUAUACCUGUUAGCCACUUAAAUUACGAGUACGUUAAAAAAUGCAACAAUGGAAAAGAGCUGGAACGCAUUGUCAAAAUUUUGAGAUCUGGAGAAGAAGGAUUAUAUCCAGAUCUUGAAAAAUGUGCUGCGAAUCGCCUGGCUGAAAUUAUGCCAAGCAGCCGUGUUCUUAGAGUUGAAGAACCUGUGUUAACAAAAAAUAUGUUGGAAGUUGAGCAUUGGAAUCAAGUUAAUAAUGAAUUAGCGAACUGGUCGAGUGAAAUGAAAACAAAGGAAAAUGAAUUAAACAAUGCUGAAGAUUCAUUAGUUACUGUAGAUAUGCCUGGUGUCAGAUCUGAGAAGACAACGAAAAAUAUGAAACCAAAAAAUGAAUCUAAGAAAGUAAAAAAUAUUGUUCCUCGGGAUUACUCAGAGUGGGAUAAAUACGAUGCAGACAAAGAAAUUUUAAAGAUGGAUUUGGAGGAAGAAAAGAAAAAGGAAGAACUUGAGAAGAAGCAGAGAGUAGGUGAAAAAGAUUCAGUGAAAAAAUCACCAGUUUCGAGAGCCAAAAUUGUUGGAGGUGCUGGAGUCUACUCUAAUACAGAGAAACAGUUCCUUGCUACUCAAGAAAAGGAUAAAGGUAAUGAAUUCUUUAAAGCACGGGAAUAUAAAGAAGCAAUUGAACAUUAUUCAUCAAGUAUUGCAAUUGAACCAUCUCCAGUUGCUUAUAACAAUAGAGCAAUGGCACAUAUUAAACUGGAACAGUAUUUGGAAGCCCUAAGAGAUUGUAACAAAGUGCUAGAAUUGGAACCAAAUAAUGUGAAGGCUUUGCACCGAAGAGGAAUAGCUUAUAAGCAUCGUGGUAAUUACCAGCAAGCACUUGAUGACUUCCUGAGAAUACUUCAGCUGGAACCUAGUAAUCGUAUGGCCAGUUCUCUCGCUCAAGAAAUGCAAACAAAAGUAGAUAGUAACAGAAGAAGUGUUAGAAUGCAUAUUGCUGAAGAAGAAAGUUUUGAAGAUGGGCCAAAAAUUAUGGAGUUGCCAGAUGAAUCAUAUGAUCAAGAGCCGUGCAUUGAAGAUUCUUCAGCAAAAAUUAAUACUUCUUGGCCUGCUCCUCCUGACCGUAGAAUAAAAUGCAAUGAAUUUGGUCUUCCUAAAGUGAUGUGCAAUUGUUCUGGUGUACCUGAUUGGGUUCGCAGACCACCUCCGAGGUGCCUUAUAUGCAAAGAAAUUAAAGAAAGACGAAAGGCUGAACAAGCCAAACUUAAAGAAGUGGAGUCUAGUCUUAAAGGUAGUGAAACUAGCACCCAUGGAAGUGAGGAUAGUGAUUCAGAUGAGGACAUCACGUGUGAACAUGUUGAUGGAGCUGCUCCUACUCCUGAAACUGUUAGCUCUAUACCUGAAAAUGAAACUACUUCUCAUUUAAAAAUUGGAGAUACGUCAAUGAAUAAGACAAUGGCAGAAGUGAAGAAAGACCCCAGUACUGAAGUUUUAAAGAGCACUGGUGACACCAUCUGUAAGGAAGAAGCAAGUGUAAGUAAAGCAGCUACCAGUAAAAGUUCGGUGACAUCUCCCAAAGUUAAGAGUGGGCGAAAAAUGGAAGCAAGGCGCUUGCUACCACCUGAAAGCAUUAAGCCUGUGAAAGUGCAAGUGGCCAGCAAAUACACAACGAAGACUGUCGUUAAAGGGGAAGAGGAAACAACUCCUGGGGUUCAAGCAAUUCAAGGACUUUCCCUUGAGGAUGGCAACAUUGUAAAAAUUUCAACACCCUUUGAAUUUGUUAAUGCCCUUCAAGCUGCCAAAGGAGAAGACUCUGCAUUAUUAGCACCUGUUUUGCGUCGAAUUGAUCCAUCGGACUUACACACUUUAAUAGGAAACAAAUUGGACGAUGUUAUGCUCCAUUCUAUUUUGGAAUGUUUAGAAAAAUGUUUUAUUCAUAAUGGUCCUCUGAUUCUCAAAUUUCUGGAGAAUUUAGCAACUUUGCCUCGGUUUGAAAUUGUGAAAAUGUUCUUGAAUUCAAGAACUAAACAAGGAAGAAGCAAGGAUGAUCUGCAGUUGAGAGUCUCAUAA